AUGUCCCGAACAUCUCAUUCACCCAGUCGCCGUUUCUUUUCACAAAAUGGGGAGCCAUCGUCCUCCAGAGCUCCGCCCAACCAGUUGCCACCCAUGAGAUACGCUGGGGACGGUCUCGAUUUGAGGAGGCCUGUCGUUUCGGCUUCCCCCCAGACAGAUGAAGUGAUCGAUUUGACAAAUGAACCGGACUCGCCUCCACUGCAGCGAGAUAGGAGUGCUCGGGCAACAUCGCGGCGACCUAGACAACCCCGCUUCGGAAGGGAUAUCAUGGCAGAUGUCGUGGACCUAGAAGAUGAGCCGGAUAAUACGAUUGAUCUCGACAUUCCUAGCAGUCCAGAAGUUCAAUUCGUGGGCGCCAGCGUUCGACCCCAGUUACCUCGACCUUCGCCACCACAGCCCAGAGGCUUUGAUUUCGGCACCGGGCUUGUACGGUUCCUACGGUUAGACGACCCCAGGGUUCAGCACUUUCCUGGCAGAGGGUUAUUUUCUAGGGAUCCUGGAUGGAGAACGAGGGGCCUCCGCCGCCCGCCACAUGAUAUGGAGACAUUUUGGAUCGGAGAUAGACCGGGCGGAGCAGUUGAUCUAACGAUCAACUUGGAUAUGGACGGUCCGCUAGCAAUGGAUUACCAGAUCCCAGGAUUUUCACCUGAUCGAGUGUCACGGCCAACGUACAAGCCACCUAGCCCGCCGCCGGAGGGUUUUGCAAGGAACGUCAAAGAAGACGAGGUCGUUUAUUGCGGGCAGUGUGCCACCCACAGGUCCAAAUCAAACGCUAAGAAGGCAUCGCUGCCUGUAAAGCCGUUUUCUAAGUGUCAAGUGGCGGAUUGUGAGAAGUCUGUCAGUGCACCAAAAUCGAUGUUCCAGAUCUAUUUAUGA